AAACAUCCAGCAGUGAUGAAUGAUGAUUGUGUCUGUAUCUCUCCAUCAGCUCUGUGGCAGCAGCCGUAUGUAAACAUCUUCAAACACAUGAAGAUAGAAGAAUGGAAGAAAGUCAGCAAAGAGGGAGACGUCACAACAUACAUGGAUAAGAAGCUGAAAUGUUCUGUGUUUCGGAUCCGUGGCUCUGUUCCGGCCAGUAACUACAUCCUGCUUCCCAAAACCAGCAGCCAGUCUCUGGGUCUCACUGGCCAGUUCCUCUACCUGCUGUUCAGACCCAGCCCAAACAAACACUUCAUCGUGCACCUGGACAUCACAGCUGAGGAGGGUCAGGUGAUCCGUGUGUCGUUCUCUAACAUGUUCAAAGAGUUCAAGUCCACGGCGACAUGGCUGCAGUUCCCUUUUCUGUGUGGAGCUGCACACUGUUCAGUGUAUGAGAAUACAGCCAGUACUGCUAAACAAGGUUUGGUGGGCCCAGCGCCGCCGAGCACUAGGUGGACGUGUUUGACGAUGGACCUACGUUACGUGCUCUCGGUUUAUCUGAACCGAACACACAGUCACCUUAAGAGCAUCAAACUCUGUGCCAAUAUGUCUGUUAAAAACAUCAUCACCAGUGACCUGCUGUUUGACCCUGGUGUGUCAUUCUCUGAGUUCAGGCAGUCCGGUGUGAUGUUGCCAGAUGGCACUGCCCCGAUGCCCAGAGAAAUGUGUUUCCCUGUACCCAAAGGACAGAGCUGGCACCACUUAUAUGAUUACAUUAGAUUUCCCUCAGAUGGAACAAAGUUACCAUUUGAUUCCAUACAGAAAGGAUCCAACAGUGCAGCUAAAAAAGUCUCGACUGAAAAGAGCCCGCAAAGAGAAGAGAGUCGCAUCUUAAGCCUCAGUAAACCUGUAAAAGACCGAGUCUCCCUCAUCCAGCAGAUCACCACCCCCAAAUCUGCACAAGUGUUUAGCACUAAGCAGCGUUCGCUGAUUCAGAAAACGCAACUGCCUGAGCUGAUUUACACACCCUCUGGAGGCUCAGAGAGCCCGGGGUCACCAGGUCAAAGGUCGCAGGCAGGUGAAGAGGUCGCAGUAGUGUGUGCUGAUGAUGCUGGAGUACACGUUUAUGCCCAUUGCGAGGAUGACGUCUAUGCCCACAUGACCGACAGUGAGGAGGAAAUCACAAUCAUUAAUGCAGCAUGUCCUCGACCUGUCUCUCUGUCUUCUGACCAACCAGUGAAGCUGCCACAGAAGUUGUAUCCUGACCCCAUUCUGAAGCUAAACAGAAUUAUUGGCUUCGGAGGAGCUACAAUGAGAUGUGCUGUAUGGAGCUCAGAUGGGCAGGAAGUUGUGUAUCCCUGUCAUGCCAUUAUCAUAAGCAUGACUCUUUCCUCCGGACAACAGAGAUUCUUCAUCGGACACACAGAUAAGGUCUCGGCUCUGGCGUUAAAUGCCAGUUCUACGGUGUUGGCAUCAGCUCAGACGGGCACAAAUAGUCUGAUUCGUCUCUGGAGCUACAGCGGAGGAGUGUGUCAAACCAUUAUUCCUACACACACACAUGCUCUGAAUCUGCUUAGUUUCUCACAGAGUGGAGGAGUGCUGUGUGGCGUAGGGAAAGACAGUCACAACAAAACUACGGUGAUCCUUUGGAACACAAGGCGUGCGGCAGAGGGAAGUGUUGUUCCAGUUUUAGCUAAAGCACACACAGACGUGGACAUCCAGAUGAUGAAGAUAGCGUUCUUUGAUGAUACACGUAUGGUGUCGUGUGGUUUAGGUAACGUGCGACUAUGGCGUGUGCGUGGUGGUUCUCUACGUUCCUGUCCUGUGAAUCUUGGACAGUAUCACAGUCUGGAGUUUACUGACCUCGGAUUUGAGCAGGGACACGCUCAGGACCUACCGGUGGAUGAACGCACACUGUUUGUCAGCAGUAGGAGUGGUCACAUCAUGGAGAUCGACUAUGUUGCCGUGGCGAUAAAAAACAUCAGGAGGCUCCUCCCAGCUCAAGAAAGCCACGCCCACCAAAGAGAAAAACAGACCUUUAGAUCAGGUGCCGGUAUUGCGGUGAACAGCAUCAGUGUGUGUGCCGAGUUCUGUGUGACCGGUUCAGAAGAUGGAUUCAUGCGUCUGUGGCCUCUUGACUUCUCAUCAGUUUUUUUAGAGGCGGAGCACGAGGGUCCCGUCAGUUUGGUGUGUGUGUCCUCGGACGGCUCUAGAGUUCUAGCGGCAACAACCGCCGGGAAUCUUGGGUACCUGGAUGUUGGCAGCCGUGGUUACCGUACAUUGAUGAGGUCACACACAGGGAGUGUUUUGGGCUUCAGUGUGGACGGAGUUAGACGGCGUGUUACCACCGUGUCCAGAGACAGCACUGUACGAGUGUGGGACAUGGACACCAUGCAACAGCUCUAUGAUUUUGUCUCUGAUGAUGAUGAAAGUCCCUGUUCAGUUGCAUUCCAUCCCAGCAUGCCUCUCUUCACCUGUGGAUCGAGCUCUGGAACCGUCAGAGUGUUUGAUAUUCAAACGUCGAGCUUAAUCGCCCAGCACAGGCAACACAUGGGAUCAGUUGAGAGUGUGAUAUAUUCUCCUGAUGGUCAGUGUCUGUUUAGUGCUGGCGCUCUUGGAUACUUGGUACUUUACAACUCUUCUGAAAAUGACCAUCAUGUGGUCCGUGUUCUGGGUAAUGCGGUUGCACGGGGUGUGAGUCGUGGCCCGGAGACUUUGGCCGUGAGUUCUGACAGCCGCUGUCUAGCGCUGGUCGGACCGACCGAACACAUCGUCACAAUCAUGGAGGCACAGUCACUUAAUGAGCUACUUCGGGUUGAUGUGAGCAUUCUGGAUGUUGAGAGCUCAACGCUGGACUCUGCCCUGAAUGUGUGUUUCUCACCCACGUCACUGUCACACCUGCUCGUCACCACCUCAGCCAAUAAGAUCCUCUGGAUUGACACACACACAGGACAACUUCUAAGACAGGUGUCUGAGGUGCAUAAGCAUCAGUGUGUGUCUCUGGCUGUCAGUGAAGAUGGCCGUUAUUUGCUGACGGCCGGUCAGAACUCUCUGAAGGUGUGGGACUAUGACAUGCACCUGGAUGUCAAUUCACAGGUGUUCAUCGGUCACUCUGAGCCCAUCAGACAGGUGAGGUUCACGCCUGAUCAGAUGGGCGUGGUCACCGUAGGCGACGCCCUCUUCUUCUGGGACUUCCUGGCACCCCCACGAGAGAUUUCACACUGCAGGUCUCUAGCUAUAGAGGCCUCCCCUCAUAAAUCAGCUCACAGUUGGGUGGAGCUAAGUGGAGCUGAGCUGUCCAAUGAGAGUCCUCGAGAGGCAUUAUUUCAGCCUUCUUCACUGUCUGCUAUGAAGGACAGUAGAGGUUUCCUGUGCGAUUCUACAGCUGAACUGCAGCUCAGUCCCACAGCAGGACACACACACUCCCCUAAACACACCUCCUUCCUGAGAGUGACCGAAUGGGUGACGAAUGAGGACACGCCCACUAUCCCAGCCAACCAAUCAAGGACGGAGAAAAUACGAGAUGGUCACACGGCAAUCCGUCCAGACUGUUAUAAACACUUCACUCCACGCUUUAAGACUACUGUGCUAGAUCAGACCGUAGUAGCUCCGCCCUCAGGACAGGCGGGCCUGAGUCUAAAGGCUGUGAUUGGCUAUAAUGGCAACGGUCGUAACAAUAUGGUCUGGAAUCCAGACACAGGUUUAUUUGUGUACUCUUGUGGGUGUGUCGUCGUCGUUGAGGAUCUUCACACAGGCUCACAGAGACAGUGGUUCGGUCACACAGAGGAGAUCUCAACGCUUGCUGUUACCCAUGAUGCACAGACGGUUGCAUCUGCAUCAGGGGGCGGAGCUUCACACAGCAGCCUAAUCUGCAUAUGGAGUGUUUCAGACGGUUCCUGUAGAAACCGCCUCUCCUAUCACAAGGGGGCAGUGCAGAGGCUUACGUUUUCCAGGGAUGACAUGUACCUCCUCUCAGUGGGUGAUUUCUCGGAGCCGGUGGUGGCGCUGUGGAGCACUCGAUCAUUUGAGCUGCUCUGUAACGUUCAGAUACACGUCCCGCUGCAUGAUGCUUCUUUCUGCCCGUUCACUGCUAAUGAGCUGACGCUCGUAGGCAGCAGUGCUGUCGUUUUUACUCGCAUUCAAACACGCGAUAACGCCACUGAACUUCAGGUGCAGAAAGUGGGUUUACCAGAUGCAGUAGGGCAGGCAGAGGUGACAUCACUGUGCUAUAACACGCACCAUAUCUUGUACACGGGCACAAACACCGGCCACGUGUGUGUGUGGGACUGUAACACACAGCGCUGCUUUGUGACCUGGGAAGCAGAUGGUGGAGAGAUAGGUGUGGUAGUUUGCCGUGGGAAUAAGCUGGUCACGGGGAGUAACACCAAAAAAUUGAGACUGUGGUCUGUAGCUUCAGUCCAGAAUCUCAGGAGCCCAAAUAACAAGAGCAGCGCAGGACAGGAUGAUGGAGCUCAGGUGCAGCUGGAACAAGAACUGCUGUUGGAUGGGACAGUGGUCAGUGCGGCGUUUGACAAUGCCAUGGACAUGGGGAUUGUGGGAACGACAGCGGGAACCCUGUGGUAUAUCAACUGGGCCGACAGCACCAGUAUACGUCUGAUCAGCGGGCAUAAAAGCAAGGUGAACGGAGUGGUUUGUAGUCCGGAUGAGAAGCAUUUCGUGACGUGUGGGCAGGACGGCAGUGUGAGAGUUUGGGCCCUGCAGAGCCACGAGCUGCUGGUGCAGUUUCAGGUGCUGAACCAGAGCUGUGAGUGUGUGUGUUGGACUCCUCCGAGGGGGGUGUAUGAGGCGAGCGGCCACACGUGUGUUGCGGGCGGUUACAGUGAUGGUACUGUGAGGAUCUUCUCUCUGGAGUCGGCCGAAAUGGUGCUGAAACUACAACCUCAGCCUGUGUCUGUGUGUGCGCUGCAGUACUCGCACUACGGGCAUGUGCUGUUGUCUGCUGGUCGUGAUGGUCUCAUCACCGUCAGUAGUCCUGCCACUGGAGUCACUGUACGCACCAUCAGUGACCACAAGGGGGCGCCCAUAACGACAGUGCAGUGCACCAGCAAACAGUAUAAGGAGUUUGGUCUGGAAGGAAAUGAGCUCUGGUUGGCCGUGAGCUCAGACAGGCGUGUCAGCAUCUGGGCUGCUGAUUGGACGAAGGAUAAAUGCGAGCUGCUUGAUUGGCUGACAUUCCCAGCACCCACCCCACCAGAGGAUGUACUUGCAUUACCUCCCAGUCUGGCAGCGUUCAGCCCCAGUGAGAGGGGAGUGGUGGUUUACACCGGCUACGCUGUGGAAAAAGAGAUCAUCUUUUACUGUCUUUACAAAAAACAGGUUUUGAGGACGAUCUCUCUGGCCGAUUGGGCACUGUGUCUCAGUCUGUGUUCGACUGGAAGGCUGCUCGCUGUUGGAUCACACCAGCGCGUCCUGAAGCUGAUUCAUUCCUCCAGCGGGCGUUUUCAGGAUUUCCCGUCUCACAGUGACUCGGUUCACGUGUGCGGCUUCAGCUGGUCUGGAUCUCAGCUCUUCACUGCUGCUCAUAAUGAGCUCUUACUGUGGGCUGUACACGGCUUAUAAUGUUAGGAGAACACUAAUGCUACUGUCGGAUG